GGAAUCCCUACUAGAAGUAGUUGGCUUGAGCCAAUCGCCAAUUUGAGGACAAUAUCUAUAUCAAAGAAGAUACUUGGUUUCUCUGUAUCUUUCAUCCUCAUCAAUCUGGCUUCAAUUAUGGAGCGUGCUGAUGAGAAUCUCCUUCCAGCAGUUUACAAGGAAGUCAGUGCAUCCUUCAAUGCUGGUCCUACUGAUCUGGGAUACCUCACCUUUGCAAUGAACUUUCUGAAGUCAAUAGCAUCUCCCUUGGCAGGUAUCCUUGCUCUGCACUAUGAUCGGCCAACAGUGCUUGCAAUAGGGACUGUUUUCUGGGCCUUAUCAACAGGAACUGCCGGUGUUAGCCAGCAUUUUAGGCAGGUUGCAUUCUGGAGAGCUGUAAAUGGCCUUGGGCUUGCCAUUGUAAUACCAGCGCUUCACUUGAUAAUUGGAAUUCUUGUGUACUUAUAUGCAACUGAUCCAAGAAGAAUACCUGGCAAUCGCCUUCUUGACGAAGACGACUAUGAGAGGUUGCAUUUAUCAAGCAAAGAUGUUCUUCCUCCGCCUUCUAUCUGGAGGGAUUCUUGGGUGGCAACAAGAUAUGUUAUGAAAGUGAAGACAUUUCAGAUCAUUGUCCUGCAAGGGAUCAUUGGCUCAUUGCCGUGGACUGCUAUAGUUUUCUUCACAAUGUGGUUUGAACUCAUUGGUUUUGACAAUAAAAGCUCGGCAGCACUGAACAGCCUCUUCGCCAUCGGUGCCUUCAUGGGCAUCCCGUUUUCUUCGAUCCUCCUCACAGUCAUCCCCCAGUCAGUUGACUACUGGUACGCCUUCGCGGUCACGCUUUUCUUCAUGGGCAUCACGAUAAGCUGGUGCGCCACCUCGGCAAACAACCCUAUGUUCGCUGAGGUGGUCCCUCCCAAGCACCGCACCAUGAUCUAUGCCUUCGACCGUGCAUUCGAGGGCUCAUUCGCCUCGCUGGCUGCCCCCGCUGUGGGCCUAGUCACCGAGAAGAUUUAUGGCUACGAUACCAAGACUGUGAACCUUGCGGAAGGGGCGUAUGCGCUCUCAAGAGGGCUGCUGACCAUCCAUGAUGAUCGUGCCUUUCGGCGUCUGUGUCCUGUUCUACAGCCCCUUGUACCUUGUGUUCAAGCACGACAGAGAGAACGCGAAAUUAACCAGCUUCAAGGAGCAGGAGCUAGUGUGAUGAUAUGA